AUGGCUUUAUGUUUACCUCUACUGGUUUUGUGCUGUUUCUUUAGAGUGAGCUUUAGUGAGAGUUUUCCUGAAUGGUUCAGCAACAUUUCUGCCAACCUCUUCAGUUUACCUGGGGACAUUAUGCUUGGCGGGCUCUUUCCCAUUAACGACCUCAACAGCAACGUCAGUGACAUAACAGAGCCAAACCAGAUAACCUGUGACAGAGUAAAUGAUCUUGGACUGGGACUUGCAAUAGCCAUGAAAUACGCAGUGGAUGAAAUCAAUGGAAACCAGACUCUCCUCCCUGGCAUCAAGUUAGGUUAUGAAAUCUAUGACACAUGCAGCCAGUCGGCCAUUAUUGUAAAGCCCACUCUGUCCUUCCUCACUGAAAAAUCCAGCAAAGAACUAUCUGUGCGGUGUAAUUACACCACCUAUGAGACCAGCGUAGCUGCAGUGAUUGGUCCUUAUACCUCAAAAAUGGUGUCAUUCAUUGGAAAACUCCUGGGAUUCUUUCUGAUGCCACAGAUUAGCUAUGGGGCCACCAGUGACAAAUUCAGUGAUGAUGUUUCCUACCCGUCAUUCUUUCGUACGGUGCCCAGUGACAAAUGGCAAGUGGAUGUCAUAAUAAAGCUAAUAGAGGAAUUUGGCUGGAACUGGGUGGCAAUUGUGGGCAGUGACGAGGAGUACGGGCAAGAAGGUGUGCAGAUGUUCACCAAAUUUGCAGACAACACAUCUAUCUGUGUGGCCUAUCAGGGUCUGAUUCCAGUGUACACUGACCCUGUGCCAAUGGUCAAAACCAUCAUUCACAAUAUCCAAAUGACCAAUGUCAGAGUGGUAGUGGUGUUUUCUCUCCCAGAGCAAAGUGAAAUCUUUUUUAAAGAGGUUAUCAGGAGUAAUUUAACAGCUGUAUGGAUUGGCACCACAAGCUGGGCCAUCGAUGCUCAAGUGACUUCUCUGCCUGACAUUGAAACAGUUGGUACAAUCAUUGCAUUCAUUGACAAAACAGACACCCUCGGACUGUUCACCGAUUAUGCAAUGGAGCUUUUCAAGAAACUCAGUGAAGAGAGGAUAAAGACAUCCACUCCAGCCACAAAUCUUUACAAUACUAACAAUCCCUGCCCACAAUGCUGGAACUUGUCACCAGAUAAUAUUACCCUGGUAGAAGCACCUGCAGUGCAGAUGUCAGCUUUCAGUGUGUAUGCCGCUGUCUAUAGUGUAGCACAGGCACUGCAUAACCUGCUGGAGUGCAAUUUAACUGCCUGUCAGUGGGGAUCUAGAAGCAAAAUCUAUCCCUGGAAGCUGUUGGAAGCUUUAAGGAAGACUUCUAUUAACAUAAAUAGCACACAUCUGGAAUUCGACCAAUAUGGCAACCCGAACAUAGGAUACGAUGUCAUUCAGUGGGUCUGGACAAACUCAUCUCAAGUGGAUAUCAGAACUGUGGGAGAAUAUUCUGAGCAAGAACUGCACAUCUCCAAGAACCACUUUGAAUGGCAUACAGCAGAGGUUCCUACAUCCACUUGUUCAGCAAAUUGUGGUAAAGGCCAGGUCCACAGAGUCAAAGGCUUCCAUUCCUGCUGCUUUGACUGUAUUGACUGUUUGGCAGGCACCUACCAGGCAAAUAAGGACGACACCCAGUGUACUAAGUGUCCCAACCGUCAGUGGUCCCAGCAUCGCAGCACAAACUGCACUGACCCCAUCUUUAAGUUUUUUGAGUGGCACAGCCAGGAUGCUGUGAUAAUGAUGCUAGUUGGUGCGCUCCUGCUGAUAUGUCAGGGGUCAGUGGGUGUCUUGUUCCUGAUGCAACGAGGAACCCCACUGGUAAUGGCCUCGGGGGGUCCCUUGAGUUUUGUGGCUGUGUUCGGCCUGAUGGGAGCAUGUCUCAGUCUGCUGCUUUUCCUGGGGGCGCCAGGGGAUGUGGUGUGUCGUCUUCAGCUGCCUUUCACCUCCAUUUUCCAGACGCUCACCCUCUCCAUUAUCCUUUUAUUCUCACUACAGAUACUCUAUGAGACAGAGUUCCCAGAGAUGGCUGCCUCUCACCUGCAUUUGUUAAGAGGCCCUGUGAGCUGGCUGUUUGUGCUGAUCUGCUGCGCUGUGCAGGCUGGUCUCUGUGGCUGGUUUGUUCAAGAAGGACCUUCAUUGUCUGGAUAUGUGGCAAAUAUGACAAUAGACUUUGUAGAAUCAUUCCUAUCGUGUCCUGUUUCACCUUUGAUUGGAUUUGCCUUAAUGCAGGGUUUCAAUGGUGUAAUGGCCCUUGCAUCCUUCAUGUGCACCUUCAUGGCAGUGAAGCCUCUUCAUCAGUAUAACUUAGCCAGAGACAUCACCUUUUCCACCCUGACCUACUGUGUCAUUUGGGUGAUCUUUAUUCCAAUCUACAUAGGAAACAAUAGUUCAGCUAACAAGAACAGGUCAGUUGUCCAUGUUUAUUUCAGCCUAGCAAGCAACUUUGGACUGCUGGCAGCCUACUACUUUCCAAAAUGCUACUUGCUGUUAAGGAAACCUGACUUAAACACACCAAAGUACUUCUGUACCUUCUUAGAGGGCGUCCCACCAACUCAAACAGAAGAGGAGCCACAGCCAAAAGCACAGGAAGGACAAUAA